GUGCGCGCUCCCUUUUGAAAGCUCCCGACGUUCGGGGAAGGAUAUAUCAGAUAUCUGCAGGCCUCAUGGGCGGUCUUGGGCGUCUGCGACGCAGAAGGUCACAGAGAGGGGAUCACGGGCCGCGCGACUAGUGUGUCUGUCGCGGCGUGGUCUGACCCACGACGUUGCAAAGUAGUUGGGGCACUAUAUGAUGAAGUGGUCUGGUCAUCCCCAAGUUUGGCCCAGGGAGACUCCUGUGCGCCCAAGGUCCUCUGCUCGGCGCUCGCGCCCUGGGAGGUCGAGGGCGAGCAGUUCCUGUUCAUGGACGACCGCUCCCUGGUGUGCAAGAGCGACCAACAGCUGAUCGACGACAUCACCACGACCGACCGCUUCGACGCCGAGACGGGGGCCGUGGAGAACCGCAGCAAGCGCCAGGAGUGACACCGCGGCGAGUUCCGCCGCAUCGAGCACAUCGGGGUGGAGGCCGUCUCUGAUGACCCCAGGGAUCCCGUCACACCAGCGGGAGGACGGAAUAAGGUGUACGCAGACAUCGUUGCACUACGACAGUUGCCCGGAAGUUCACGUACGUGACUACGAGCUGCUGGUGCACAUGUUGUACCUCGAUGGCUUUGGUGUUGCCUGGUCUUUACGCUACCACCUGCGGAUGUGGUUGCGAAGCUUAUGAGUUCUAUUAUGCGGACGAAGUGCCUUUGGUGGUGCCGUGGACGCUGUUGGUCAUUGCAUAUACAGUACCGCCCAGCGUAUUCGGCUGUAUUCACGGCCGUGCGCCUACUAACGGAUUGGGAGUGGACUACAACCCCUGGGUCGAGCGCGGCCUGCUGACUUUCUUUGAGCGAUCGGUUUGGUGUUCGCGCAGUACGAUACGGAGAGAGGCGUCAGAUUCCAGCUGGACCCAGAGGAGCCCUUUCGGGCAAAGCGUGGAAGAAGUUUCGAGGCGCCCUCUCCCCAGCGGGGUGGCAGAAGGUUAUCGCAUAUAUGCGUGGGUCGGCCAGCUCACGCGCGCGGAGGGACGCACGACUUCGAUUGUGACCAGUACUGUCCGUGCUGUGGUGGGCCCCGCUGGCCGUCCGUGAGUGCGUCGCCUUCGCGGAUUUCAGGAGCCAGCCCACCACAUUCUACGGUGCGUCGGCGACCAGGAAAGUUGCGCAAUGGAGCCUGUCCACGACCUGAUAUUGAUCCUACUUGGGCGUUCAAGGUGCUCUUGCGCUUCCUCAUCCUGGUCUCCGUUGAUAUUCUGAUGUCUUGGAAGUCGCCACUACGAAUAUUUUGGUUGUCGGAAGCGUAUCCAGGUUCUAGCUCCAUUUCGGUUGUUCCCCCCAGCCGUUCGUCUAACAGAUCUGUGGGUGAUGCUGGCCGACUGGGCUGGCCUGCAGAAUGUGUGGGAUGGCCAAGGGGGCUCCCCAGAGCGCCCCAGAACCUGACGCACCGUGACGCCAUGUCGGCAGUGCGCUGGAAGUCUGGAACCCGACCAGGGAUCAUGCGCGGAGGAUUCGGGGAGGUCCACGCGGGGAACGCCGGUCUUAGCCGCCAUCGGUCAGGAUCGCUCGAGGUUGCCCG